AUGCGGUUGUCUUCAUCAUCAAUAUCAAACACAGAAGAAAAAUUAGUAUGGUUCUCACAAUGGUUGUUGAAUGUUGGUGAUGGAAAAAUAGGUGUUUCAGAUGAUGGUUCUGCUAAAAUUGAAAUCCCAUUUGAACUAUUGAUACAACAUGGUAAUGAUCCUAUACAUGCCAUUGUUGAGUCUACUUAUCCAAGAAUCAUGGAUAACUUAGAUUCAAAGGAAUAUUUCAAUGACAGAGCGAUUUUAGCCCCAACGAUUGAGAUCGUUAAUAUUAUUAAUGAUCAUAUGUGCAAGUCUCUGCCUGGGGAGUCAUAUGAGUAUCUUAGUUAUGAUUCUGUGUGUAAGACAAAUGAUAACAGCGACAGCUUUGACAAUUUAUGCACGACAGAAUUUCUUAACACUAUAAGUAGCUCAGGCAUGCCUCCUCACAAGUUAAUAUUAAAAGUUGGUGCUCCAAUAAUGUUGCUUCGUAAUAUUGAUCAAGCUUUAGGAUUAUGCAAUGGAACACGUCUUCGUAUAUCUAAGCUAUGUAGAUCAGUUAUAGAGGCUAUUACUUUAAAUGGGUGCAUGCCUAAUCAGAAGGUCCUAAUUCACAGGAUGGAUAUGAAUCCUUUAGAAAAUAGAUGGCCAUUCCGCAUGCAACGAAGGCAAUUCCCCAUAACCCUAUCUUUUGCUAUGACAAUCAAUAAAAGUCAAGGGCAAUCACUGCGACAUGUAGGGUUAUACCUAAGGAAGCCUGUUUUCACACAUGGUCAAUUGUAUGUUGCAUUAUCCAGGGUGAGAAGUAUGGAUGGGUUGAAGAUUUUGGUUAGUGAUGAAGUUGAAGGUCAAGUGAAAACAACUACAAAUGUGGUUUACAAAGAAGUGUUUAGGAAUGUGUAG